AUGGGUGUUCCAGCUCUUUUCAGAUGGCUUUCCAAAAAAUAUCCGAAGAUUAUCGAAAAGGUUAUCGAGGAAUCUCCGGCGAACAUUAAUGGUGUUGAGAUCCCUGUAGAUAUUUCAAAGCCUAAUCCAAAUGGAAUGGAGUUUGAUAAUCUUUAUUUAGACAUGAACGGAAUUAUACAUCCUUGCUGUAAUCCGGAGAACAAGAAAGCACCCGAAACCGAAGACGACAUGAUGAUUGAAAUAUUCAAAUAUAUUGAGAGAAUUGUGGCAAUGGUGCGCCCUAGAAAAAUAUUAUAUUUAGCUAUUGAUGGUGUAGCUCCUCGUGCAAAAAUGAACCAACAAAGAUCUCGCCGUUUCCGAAAGGCGCGUGAUGACAACAACAAAUUAGAAGAAAAAUCGAAAGAAAUUGAAAAAUUAGAGGAGUCAGGCGUCACGGUAGACACGGAACUCCAAAAAAAAGGUUUUGACACAAAUUGCAUAACACCAGGCACUCCAUUUAUGGCCAACCUGGCGAAAUGUUUACGAUAUUGGAUCGCAGAUAAACUUAAUUCGGAUCCGGGUUGGAAAAAUUUGAAAGUUAUUCUUUCCGACGCAAGUGUUCCCGGCGAAGGUGAACACAAAUACCUUGAGGUUGAGCUCAAGGUUUCUUCUGUAAACUGGCCUUUUAAUCUCGAGAAUGCUAUUGAUGAUUGGAUUUUCCUUUGUUUUUUCGUUGGAAACGACUUUUUACCACAUUUACCUUCUUUGGAGAUAAGAGAAGGUGCAAUCGACACGUUGAUUUCCAUAUGGAAGCGCUGUUUACCUUUAAUGGGGGGGUACAUGACCAAUAGUGGAGAUGUGGACUUAAAGCGGGUACAGUAUCUAGUCACCGAACUUGGCAAGAUGGAAGACGAGAUAUUUAUUCGUAGACACAAUAACGACCAAAAACGUUCGACACAGCCUGCAUAUAAACGGCGGAAGAUAAAUGAUGCAAAAGAUGUUAACGCAUCGAACGCUUCUGAGCUCCCUCAUUUGCCAGUUGGUAUGCAGCUCCUUCCUGUUAAGGGGGUUGACUCGGAGGUUCGUUCGAGAUCAAAUGAGGAAGUUGUCUCCAAUAGACAAACUCUGCGUAUGGCUAACUUGAGUGCCGCUCGAAAGUUGAGAGCUGAAUUAAAUGGAUCGAAUUACGACUCGGCAUCCACUGGGGUUUCGACCGUAUCUCAAAAGCAAAUAACUGUUUUAAAGGAUUCACACACCGAGAAAGAGCAAGAAUUGAGUCAAUCGAGUUCAUCCAGCUUGGCGGGUAAAAAAAGAAAGUCCGAAGAUCAAGUAGACAGUGCCCAAAGUUCUUCCGGAGUUGAAGAUGAAGAGGAAACAGAAGAAUCAUCUGAUUUCAUCAAUAUUGGAGAUAUUCAAAUUUGUUUUGACUUAGGUGAACCAUUUAAACCUUUCGAACAGUUGAUGGGUGUAUUACCUGCCGAAAGCAAGGAUCACCUACCGGAACCAUUCUGGAGACUGAUGACCCAUGAAGACAGUGAAAUAAUUGAUUUUUAUCCAUCCAAUUUCAGAAUCGACUUAAAUGGAAAAAAAUAUGAUUGGCAAGGUGUCGCGUUACUCCCGUUCAUUGAAGAAUUCCGGUUGUUAAAAGCUGUGAAUACCGUUUAUCCGUUUCUCUCUUCCGAGGAAGAUUUUAGAAAUACCUUGGGUUCCGAUGUUCUAUGCCUCAGUAACAAACAUAGAUUAUACGAUGAAUUAUGUGCCUUAUACUCGAAAAGGAAAAAUGACGAACCUAUUCCUUUGAAUCCAACAAUUAGUGACAAACUAAUAGGAUUUGUCGCUCGUGAUCCUAAUUGUAUACCAGAAAGCACAUUUUAUUCACCUUUACCGGAAAGGAAUCUGCCUGACAUUGUCAACGAUCGAUCAUUAAGUGUUUUGUUUUCGCUUCCAAAGAAAGCAAAUGGCAGUAUGCAUAAGUCUGUUCUCUUAAAAAAUGCAAAAUUAGAUCCACCAGUGCUAGGGCGAGAAGAUCAUGAUCUAAUUAGAAAUGGUCGUGGUCGUGGUAGGGGUAGAGGUUAUAAUAAUAGUCCUUCGAGAGGUCAUUCAUAUCACAACGUCCGUGACCUGCCUGGAUACCAAUAUACAUCUGCCUAUGAAAGAGAAAACCGAUAUGGAUCAUAUGACAAUAGAGACUAUUACGGCUAUCAAUAUAAUUCUGGCAGUUCGUAUGAAAAUCGCGAUGAUUCUAGGUAUCAUUCUAAUAAUUAUUAUGAAAAUUCAUCUCGAUACCAUCACCAUGCACGCGGGGCCUAUCCAUACAAUGUUAGUGCCCGCGGUAACACCCGAGGAUUCGGUCGCGGUACUAUUAAUAAUUAUUAUGCGCGUAAUGGCUAUUCACAGAACAACUAUGGUGACAGAUACGAAUCUCAAGAUAGUUACAAGAGGGACAAUGAACGAUAA